AUGACCGAGCCAGCCAGUCGCAUGACCAUCCCACGUCUAGAAUUGCGAGGGGCCCUCAUCGCCGCCAAGCUUCUUUGCUCAGCAGCCAGCGAGUUGGGAGUCGCGAUCGAGCACUGCCACGCUCGGUGCGACUCUCAAAUUGUGCUCCACUGGAUACGCUCCGAUCAGCCGGCCAACAACGUGCUCGUCGAUAACUACGUCGCUCAGAUUCAGGAGGUCCUGCCACCCAGUGCCUGGCGAUACGUGCCGUCGCAAUCGAAUCCGGCCGGCUUAGCCACCAGAAGUGCCGACAUGAGUGGCCUCCAACAGCAGCCCCUGUGGUGGAGAGGCCCCACGUGGCUGGCCCAGGAUGACAAGUCUUGGCCCCAGGAGACACUGCCUCCACCCACGCCCACGCUCUCACUCUGCUGCGCCUUCCGCGCGCCUGAAUCGGACCUGCUGCAGCUCUUCUCGAGCUUGCGCGCCGUACUGGGUCUCUUCCUGGGCGUUCGCCGAUGGGUCCGACACCGCUUGCAGCGCAUGCCCACCCGUUCUGUGCUUUUGCCGUUGACGCUGUCUGAGGUUCAGGACGCUUUCCUUGCCUGCGUUCGGUUAAGUCAAUCGAUGACGUUUGGGGAUGAGUUGGCACUCCUGCGGAAGCGUGAACGUCUUCCGAAACGGAGCCCUUUGACCUCUCUUGCCGCCUUCCUCGAUGCCGACGGUGUUCUGCGUGUUGGCGGGCGGCUCGAUCACUCAUCGCUGUCUUACGAAGAGAAGCACCCUCCCAUCCUCAGCGGAACAUCGCCACUCGCUCGACUCGUGGUCUCUUGGGCUCACGCACGUGCCCUCCACGGUAGAUAUCGCGUUACCAGCGCAUACGUCUCCAGGCGUGCCUGGAUUCUCGGUGGGCCACGCCAAAUCAAGGCUUACAUUCGAGGGUGCGUCAUCUGUGCCCGGUUACAGGCGCGCUCUUCAAGCCAGUUGAUGGCUCCGCUGCCCGCGUCUCGCGUCACGCCGUCUCGCGCUUUUGGUCGCACCGGAGUCGAUUACGCCGGGCCCUUCUCCGUGCUUACAUCGAAGGGACGGGGGAUCCGGACCACAAAGGGCUACAUCGCUGUCUUCGUGUGCAUGACCACCAAAGCCGUGCAUCUGGAGCUUGUCGGCGACCUUUCCGCGGCCAACUUCUUGGGUGCUCUCACCCGUUUCACCGGUCGUCGAGGCCGACCAUCCGAGCUUUGGAGCGUCAACGCCACCUGCUUCCGUCGAGCUGAUUUGGAGCUCCGCGAGGCGUUGCAGGGCGCAGAAUUUAACUGGGACCUAGUCGCCGGGACUCUUGCCUCCCAGGGGGUUUUCUGGCAGUUCAUUCCUCCUGGUGCGCCACAUUUUGGAGGACUCUGGGAGGCCGCGGUCAAGUUGACCAAGAGCCAUCCAUGCCGUGUGCUCGGUUCUCGUCAUCUAACGUAUAAAGAGUUCUCUACGGUUCUCGUUGGAAUUAAGGCCGUGUUGAAUAGCCGCCCGUUGACACCCUUGUCUGGCGAUCCCUCUGACCUCAAAGUGCUCACGCCUGGACAUUUCCUCAUCGGGGCUCCCGUCGAUUCCAUCGUCGAAGCUACCCCCGCUGCAGAGAAUUUGGACCCGCUCACGCACUAG